CAGGGGUAACUUACCGCAACCGAGCCAGGGGUAACUUACCGCAACCGAGCCUGGGGUAACUUACAGCUGCUGAGCCCGGGGUAACUUACAGCUGCUGAGCCCGGGGUAACUUACAGCUGUUGAGCCCGGGGGUAGCUGAUCUGGAGCUGCCUGUCCGGAGACUCCCUCACCCACCCGCAACAGGACUAUAACCAUGUCAACGCUUCUGGAGAUUAAAAGCAGCGUUCUAAGACAAGUGCAGAAUCGACAGUCAUUUCGCCGAAGAGCUGAGACCGAAUCUAACAUGUCCUCUCAGGAGAUCUGCCAGGCCUCUAGCUCUGUCAGGGAGGACACAGGCGACUUCUUUGACAGGAUGAGAAUCGUACUUCAGAAACAAGAAAGUAUGCAACGUUAUUGGAGGAGCGAGAGUGUUUUAAAUAACAAUACACCACCACCCCCAGAAAAUAUUGGGGAGCACAAAGCGGCGGAGAAGCUGAUAUUAACUAAGAGAGAGAUAGAAAUGUUGUAUGAAGAAAUUUUGUAUACUCUGGUGUACAGAACUGGAGCUGUAUCUUCUGAACACGUGGCCAGUGAAGAAGACCUCUUUCAUUAUCUGCAAAAGGUAUUUGGAGUGAGUAAAAGUGACCAUGAUUCCAUCCUACUCCGAGUCAAGGAAUCAAAGGCUCCAGUCUACGCCUUAAAAGUCACCGUUGUCCAAGCCAGAAAUUUGCUUGCUAAAGAUGCCAACGGUUUCAGCGACCCCUAUUGCAUGCUGGGGAUUAUGAUCAUGCAGAGCUCAAAGGAAACCGAAGAGAAGAAAGAGCGGAAAUUCAGCUUCCGGAAGAAAAAAGACAAAAUGGAAAAGCGUUCCAGUGUGAGAGACGUUCUGCUCGCCAAGUACAUCCAAGUCACUGAAGUCAAAAGCAAUACACUGAACCCGGCGUGGAAUGAAAACUUUGUUUUUGAAAUAGAUGAUAUCCACAGCGACCAACUUCACCUGGAUAUCUGGGACCAUGAUGAUGACGUGUCUGUCGCCGAGGCUUGCAAGAAACUAAAUGAAGUCAGCGGAUUCAAGGGGAUGGGGAGGUAUUUCAAGCAGAUAGUCAAAUCUGCAAGAGCAAAUGGAACAGGAGGAUCCGCAGAGGACAACGCAGACGACUUCUUGGGAUGCCUUAACAUCUCCAUUAACGAGAUUCCGGUCGGGGGGUUAGACAGAUGGUUCAAGUUGGAGCCAAGGACCAGUUCUUCGCGGGUUCAGGGAGAUUGUCACCUGAUAAUUAAACUCAUCACAAACCAGAGGGACACGGCUUUAAGCAAAAAAGCUUCUGGAUCGGUGAUUCAUGAGAUGCUGCUUGGCCAGCUGCUCCAGUACGAACACCGGCAGACAGAGGCAGAGUAUUGGAACUGGAAGGGAGAGCUCAGCAAGCAUGCCUUCACGUUGAUGUCCCACCACAGCAUGCAGACCGACCUCUCUGGUCUACAGCAAGCUAUCAUAAAAUGGCAAGCUUUUAGCAAACAUCAUCAGGUUCACACGAUGGACUACAGCUACCUUCUAGAGCUCCUGAAACACAUUGAAGAACAGUGGGACCCUGCCAUGUGCCAGCGAGAGCAGGAAGCGAGUUUGGCCGAAAGCUUCACACGUUUCACCGAAUAUUGCUUCUUACUGCUGAAAAAACUGAGAGACAACUUCCCGGUUCUGAACACGACGGUCAUUAGCCGCCUGGACUUCAUGCUAAGAUGUCUCGGCCAAAUUCACAACAUGCAGGCUUUUAAAAUGGUGUGUCCUUUUAAUAAUGAACUCCAUCUGGAAAUUGCAGCCGUCUUAAAGAAAGGCACGUUGGAAUGGUACGAAAAGAUUUACGCCUCCCUCAAACCCGCAGAAAAGAACGACGUGGAGCAGCUGAGGUCUUUGGUGCGUCUGGCAGAUGCUGUACACGAAGAUGUCGAAAAAUGUCAGAACAUCUACAACAAGCUGUUUGUCAGUGUCGUAAAGGUUGAUUUCUUCAGCAUCACCUACCGGCAGCUUGAAAAACUGGUGGCUGACGAAGUAAGCUCAGUAAUGGCUGAAUUUAAAGGAGCAGAACCCGAAGGCACUCGUUCGACCCAUGAUAUUGGAGAGACUCUUUUUGAACUCUACAUUGCAUUAAAUGAGCUGAGACGGUUUAGGGAUUACCUGCCUUUGAAAGACAACAAAUCUCUAGCUUUGUCGAAUUUCCAUGAUCUUUUCAAAGUCUCAAUUCACACCUGGCUGCAGACCAUCCAUGAGAAAACCCGAGACAGGAUACAGAGAGCCGUGGAAGCAGAUAUGCUUGAGUCCGUAGAUUCACUUUCCAAGCACAGCAGCUCGGCAGUCGAUGUCACAACUUGCUUCUCGCAAAUCAAACAGUUCUGGGCACAGCUCGCUUGGCCCGACUCCGCCGAGGCCUUCGUGUUUUUGAGUCAACUUUCUGAUGAUAUGUGUAAAGCGGCUAUAUGUUAUUCAGAAGCAAUAAAACGCAAAGUUGACAAAAGUCAUCAAUCAGCUGGACAAGCUGCGAUCACAGAACAGCUCUGCAUAAUCCUCAAUAACAUCGAGCACGUUCGUAAGUUUAUGGCUAAUGUUUUGAGAGAUCUGGACUGGAAAUCCACAGAGACAUCGGCAGAACAUCAAGGUGGGACGGAAGGGAAACAGCAAGUACAGAAGGCCUUGAGCACGCAGAUUCAAAACAUUGACAUAGACAUGCAACGGGAGGCAAAGAACAUGAUCUCUCAUUUAACUGAGAAGAUGAUCGGGGAUAUAAAGAAAUAUAUACAGCACAUAAGCCUGUCUCCAGACUCCAUACAGAAUGAUGAGGCCGUGUCUCCUCUAAUGAAAUAUCUCGACGACAAAUUAAUUAUUUUAAGUGAAACCUUGGUCAAGGAAAACCUCUACAGGGUCCUGGAAGCUCUGUGGUGGCUUCUGUUGAAAUUCAUUAUUGAUGCUGUGGAUUCCAACAGGGGAGUGUCUGUGGAAUUCUACGGAAGGUUUUAUUAUACACUCGAGGCUCUUGUGGACUUUUUCCACGCGGAAGGACAAGGGUUACCGAUGGACACCUUGCGGAACGGAGAUUACAGGUUUUUAGAAGAAGAGCUCCGUUUAAAUAAAUGCUCAACAAGCGAACUGAUUGAAAAAUAUUACCUGGACAAUAUCAAGGAGCAGAGAUCAACCGAGCAGAGUAAAUAUGGGAGAAUAAGUGUUAAGUGCUAUUACGAGACUUCGGAGCAGAAGCUGUAUGUGGAAGUCUUACACGCAGCUGACCUUAUUGCACUCGACGCCAAUGGUCUAAGCGAUCCAUUUGUCAUCAUUGAGCUCUGUCCCCACCACAUUUUUCCACUGGUGAAAGGUCAACGGACGCAAGUCAAGGCAAAAACUCUGCAUCCGGUCUACGACGAACUGUUCUAUUUCUCAGUAUCUUCUGAACAAUGCCGAAGAAAAUCCGCAUGCAUCCUCUUCACGGUUAUGGAUCACGACUGGCUGUCCACGAACGAUUUUGCCGGUGAGGCUAUCCUGCCUAUGAAUGUCAUCUACGGACUUAAUAGACCUCAUAUCACUGGAGGGGUGAAAAACGUCCAGCCAAUCGUAUUGAAGCUUACAAGACCGAAAGCCAAUGUCAAGUCCAUUCUGAAAAUGCUUGAUGGCCGAAUGGACAAGGAAGCGCAAGACUUUGUAAAGAAACUUAGAGAAAUGGAGAAAUACAUGGAGGACGACUGAACCACUAUUUACAACGUGAAACAAAAGAGAAGGGAAGUUUAACCCGUUGGCUGCCAGAGGGGACAGCACACUGUUGUGCUGUAGUGUCACGGGUCAUUCCAAGCGAGAGACUGAGUUUAGUAACUUCGUGGAGGGGGGGGGCAAUGUUUCGUUUGAUAUGAGUUUCCAUAUAUCUAUUGUUAAGUUUAUGGUCUGUAUAUGAAAACCAAUGUUUUAAAUAUUAAGUGUUAAUUGAAUAUUGUUCUAAGCGGUGUAUGACGAAAACACCCAUUGCACCCAGUAAGAGCCUUUUAAUUGUAAGUCUAUUCUGAGGGAAUUCUAGAAUGCAUUAACAUCCAGGCGUUCUCUACAACUUGUCAAUACAGAGAGAUGCUGCGAUCCGACAACAAACAAAAAUGUUUUAGCGCCAUCUGUUGGAGUAUUUGGGAAAAACAACAGAAUUUGGACCGAAGCUGGGGUACAGCACUCCUCCAACUGAUGUUAUAACUCCCAGCAUGCCUAGCCAGCCGAAGGCUGUUGCAUACCCCCCCAAUAAAGAAAA